GGUUCUUGCCCAAUUUUGGAAGGUUCAGUGGUAUAGGUAUUUUUUUGUUAUUAACUCCUGCUAAGGGUGUUCUUUUAUAUGUUUUGGUUUUGAGUUUUUUCUGUCCUCGGGUACUAAUUCACAGCGAACUUGGAAAGGGAAAAAUGGGUCUUUUGUCAUAUGUAAAGGGGUGUGCUUUGCAAUUGUCACGUUUCUAACCUUUCUCCAAAAAAGUGGGGUUCUUCUGGAACCUCAAGCAUUGCACUGGUUGCCCUUCUGGGUGGAGUCUCUUAUCUGCUUUCUCAAGGGAUUGAUAUCAGGCCUAACCUUGCUGCCAUACUGUGCCUAGCCUUUUUAGACUCUAUCUUCCUUGGGGGUACAUGUUUAGCUUUAAUCUCAAGUUACUGGCCUCUGUAUAGGCACUGGAUUCUAGUUCAUGAAGCAGGCCACCUCCUUGUUGCUUAUGGGUUGCCCAAUUCAUGGAGUGAUUUUAGAUUCAAUUGCUGCAAUGCAGAUGGGCAUCCAAGGGCAGGUAGUCAUUAUGAAUUUUUUUUAAUUACAUUUUUCUUUAAGCAUUUUUGUAAAGUAAAUCAAACUGCAUGCUGUAUGCUGUUUGAUUCUUAAGCAAUAUAAUCUCUUGUUGACACCUUUAGUUUAUGGAAGUUAUAAAGGCCCAAACUCAGCAUUUUUCUACUGGCUGGAACUCAGUUUUGGGAUGAGAAAAUGAGUAAUGAGCUGGCUAAGGGACGAUUGAGUGGCUCUACCUUUGAUAGGUUGGUAUCACUAGGUGGUGUCUCUGACGUUUGAUGCUGCCUAAAAGAUUUAGAUAUUCUUGCCUUAAAUGUACUGCAUGGUGCUUUUUGCUGGUAUUGCUGCUGAAGCUCUGGUUUGUGGUGAGGCUGAGGGUGGAGAGAAUGAUGAAAACAUGUUUCACAGCAUCUGUGUCCUUCUGCAACUGCCAUUGUCUGUAGCUCAGUAAAUAUGCAACUAUCUAUUUUCAUGCCUUUACUCCAUUAAUAGGUACUAAUUAUUCUCACCUAGAGAGAGAAAAGAUGCUAAUUACUGGUUUUCAUUACCUUGAGAAGAUUUCAAAUCAAGCUAUGUGGUCUGUUCUACUGUCUUUCAACGUGCUUAAAUGGCACAGGCAUGCUCAUCGAGCUGCUGUCAGAGCUUUGGAAAGUGGUGAUAGUCUUAGUAUUGAAGGCUUAGAUAACCAUCGUCUGUUCUUGCAUGGCUGGGCAUGGUACUGCAUGGUGCUUUUUGCUGGUAUUGCUGCUGAAGCUCUGGUUUAUGGUGAGGCUGAGGGUGGAGAGAAUGAUGAAAACAUGUUUCGCAGCAUCUGUGUCCUUCUGCAACUGCCGUUGUCUGUAGCUCAGUAAAUCUGCAACUAUCUAUUUUCAUGCCAUUACGCCAUUAAUAGGUACUAAUUAUUCUCACCUAGAGAGGGAAAAGGUACUAAUUACUGGUUUUCAUUACCUUGAGAAGAUUUCAAAUCAAGCUAGGUGGUCUGUUCUACAGUCUUUCAACGUGCUUAAAUGGCACAGGCAUGCUCAUUGAGCUGCUGUCAGAGCUUUGGAAAGUGGUGGUAGUAGUAUUGUAAUUAGGAGGAUUGAGCAAGCCAUGUCUUCUGGCAGAUGAUGUGCAGGAGUACAUAAACAUGCUGGUUUCUAUGGUCCAAUGGAGUUCGAGAGUUAGAUGUUCUAUGUGCACCUAUAGGAAGGCUUAGAUAACCAUCUGUCUGUUCUUGUAUGGCUGGGCAUGGUGAACUGAGGCAUGGAAGCUCUGAAGCGUUACUCUGAUUAUUGUUCUCUGCUCUUUCCCGUACUAAACACUAAUUGCAUGUGUCAUCAAUUAUGAGAAAGAUUUUCCUCAAAUGAUAGGUUUCUUAGAAGAAGAAUGAAUGACUCAACUUUUUUGAGGUUCCCAAGGUAUGUCCUAACAGGCCACAGUGGGCGGAGGGCACAUCGAGGAAGUAACAAAUUUUGGUAUCCAGCUGACCAUUUUUGACAUGUAGUCUAAAGAGAUGGUUCCUCUUGGUAUCUUUGCUGCAUUUAGACCACAAAUGUGAGCGAAGUUUCUCGUGUUCUCAACUUUUUGUAA